UCUCAUUAAAGUGCCCGUCCGAAAGCCAUUUUGUUUUUCAGAGUUCUUUGCAAGGGUACUUGAAGCGAAGAUCCAGCAAACCCAGCAGUGCAGUUGCUACAGUUCUGUCUUCAACUUCACGAUGUUUCCAUUGGCCAAAAACGCGCUAAGUCGUCUCCCAGUUCGAAGCAUUCAGCAAAUAACAGCGAGGCAGAUCAGCCAGAAACGGACACCUGAUUUCCAUGACAAAUAUGGUAACCUUGUAUUAGUUAGUGGAGCCACUUUCUGUAUUGCUGCGUGGGUAUAUACAGCGACACAAAUUGGAAUAGAAUGGAACCUGUCCCCUGUUGGCAGAGUCACCCCAAAGGAAUGGAGAGAUUAAUAAUCAUCGCAGCUGGUGUAAUUAAUUGUCCCAAAACCAACACAUAAUCUGCCAAGUGAAAGCGCUGUGUACCCAUGAAAAUAUGGCAUGAUUGAAGAAAUAAAGUACAUUUGAAAUCU